GAGAGAGAGAGAGAGAGAGAGAGAGAGAGAGAGAGAGAGAGAGAGAAGGAAGACUGAAAGAGAGCAAGAGAAGGACGAGAGACGGGGCACAGCACAGCAGCAAGCAACGCAAGGAAACAGAAAAGGACCUGCAUGCACUGGGAGGCAGAAUCUAUGUGACCGUCUGAAGGAGGAAGGAACGCAGGAGGGCGAAAUGGUACUGGUGGAGGUUCUCCUUGGCCUCUUUCGCUUCCUGGGAGGACGGCAGCUCCUGCGGCAGGUCGGACAGGUAGCCACAGCAGCCGCAGCCUCACCUUCACCCUCGCCGGCCAACCUGCAGGACUCUCUGUUGUUGCUAGCCUCUGUGAUCGACUGUUCAUCUUUGAGAGAUGCUGCUCAAACUGCCCUCAGUGCAUCGCUCCCUGGACCAGUUACUGUAUUCUCAUAUCUUCUGGAGGAUGGACACCUUGUGUCUGAAGAACCCCAACAUGAACUGCAAAGUGAUGGGAAGAUACAUGAUGCUGUUGCUCAGCAGAGGAGGGUGGUUUGCAGUGGCAUACCACCAGAAGAGCUGCACGAGGAGCAGAGACCAAGCCUUGCAGAGCCUCUGCAAGGACAGCAGAAAGCCAUCAUUGCACCCAUCAUGGACCAAGAAGAUGUCAUCGCAGUCCUUUUGAUCAGCUGUGGAGAAACCAGUGAUGCGACAGACAAAGACUUAGACCUGCUUGAGAAGCACAUCGCUGUAGCCUGCAAGCGAGUGCUCAGUCUGAAGGCCAAGGAGUCAUUUAUGAAGCCAUUGAUCAAUACGUCCCAGAAUCAUUUACCAGAAGAGGCGUAUAAUGCAGCCAGCGGACCAGACCUCAGAGUUCUCCAGCUGUGUGGGAGUCUCAGUGACCUGGAUGCUGCCAGUGUCCAGCAGAAAAUCAUUCAAUAUCUGGCACAGGAGACCAAGUCUGUCUGUUGUUUCCUGCUGGUUUCAGAAGACAGUCAGCAGCUCCAAUGCCAGGUGGUUGGUGACAAAAUCUGGCAGGAGGAGAUCAGUAUCUCUCUCCUCACAGGGAAUUUGGGCAAGGCAGUGAAAGAGAAUAGGUCUCUAACCCAAGAAGAUCUGACCACUGAAGACCUGGAGAGGCUGUGCAGUAAGCUGGCACUCACGGUGGAGACAAUGCUGUGUGUGCCCAUUGAAGCCAGAGACACGGGCACAGUGUUUGCACUGCUCUGCUCCUUUAACAAGGAGGGCACAAGCAGCUCCACAGAGGAAGAUGAACACAUCAUUCAGCACUGUAUGCGACAUACCUUCCCUGUGCUGCGUUCUUCCUUGGAUCUGCAAAGGGAGCGCAAGCAAAACACUCAAUGUCAGGCCUUGCUGCAGGUGGCAACCAACCUGUUCUCUCAUUUGGAUGAUGUCAACAGUCUGCUGAAGGAGAUCAUCGCAGAAGCUCGCAACCUCAGCAAUGCAGAGAGUUGCUCUGUGUUUCUGCUGGACCAUUCCAGUCAGGAGCUGGUGGCCAAGGUCUUCAACGGGGGCGUGGUGGGAGAUGACAAGACGGAGCUGCGCAUCCCAGCCAGCCAGGGAAUAGCCGGUCACGUAGUGACAACAGGAGAGAUUCUCAACAUCAAGGAUGCAUACUCCCAUCCACAGUUCUACUGCGCCAUGGACGAGAGAACAGGGUUCCACACACGGAACAUCCUCUGCUUCCCCAUCAAAGACGUCAAUGGGGAGAUCGUCGGUGCUGCUCAGCUGGUGAACAAAGUGAAUGGUCCGUGGUUCAACCGCUUUGAUGAAGAUCUGGCAAUGGCCUUCUCCGUCUACUGUGGCAUCAGCCUCGCCCACGGUCUGCUGUACCAGAAGGUGCUUGAAGCUCAGUACAGAACCAGCCUGUCCAAUGAAAUGCUCAGUUUCCACAUGCAGGUGUCGCAUGAGGAAGUGGAGGCGCUGCUCUCUCGUGCCGUGCUGCCCCCGGAGGACAUAAACCCAUCCUUCACAGAGUUCACUUACCUGCCUCGCACACUGCCUGAGGACGACAGUGCUCUGGCGGUUAUCAGCAUGUUUGAAGACAUGGGCUUCGUCAACACCUUUAAAAUUGACCAGCGCACACUUGCACGGUUCUGCCUGGUGGUGAAGAAAGGUUACAGAGAUCCACCCUAUCACAACUGGAAGCACGGUUUCUCUGUCGCACACUUCUGUUACCUCCUCAGCAAGAAUUUGGACCUGGGACAAUAUCUUGAGGACAUUGAGAUGUUGGCCCUGUUUGUCUCGUGCCUCUGUCAUGAUCUGGAUCACCGCGGGACCAAUAACUCCUUCCAGAUCAUAUCAAAAUCCGUGCUGGCCCUGCUCUACAGUUCAGAGGGAUCAGUGCUGGAGAGACACCAUUUUUCCCAGGCUAUCUACAUCCUGAACUCGGAAGGCUGUAACAUAUUCAACAACUGUUCCAGAGAGAGCUAUUUCAGAAUACUUGAUAUGAUGCACAAAAUCAUCUUAGCCAGUGACCUUGCACAUCACCUGCGCAUUUUCGACUCUCUUCAAAAAAUGGCAGCCGAGGGCUACAACCGUAAAAAGCAUCAGCACCACGAGCUGUUGCUGUGCCUGCUGAUGACCGCCAGCGAUCUGUCCGACCAGACCAAGGACUGGAAAACCAAUCACAGAGUGGCGGAUCAGAUCUACCAGGAGUUCUUCUCCCAAGGAGAUCGGGAGAAAGCUAUGGGGAACACGCCUAUCGCCAUGAUGGACAGGGAGAAGGCCUACAUCCCAGACCUGCAGCUGGGCUUCAUGGACCACAUCGCCAUGCCUCUAUUCAAGCUCUUGAAUGACCUAUUUCCAAGGUUAAAGGAGGUCCAUGGUGCCGUGGUUACCAACCACACCAGAUGGACACAUAUCUCCCAGAAGUACAGAGCGGAAGGGUUGCCUAGCAAUGAUUCACUGGAGUUCCUGGAAGAUGAGUUCUAGUUCACAAGCUGUUGGAUCGCAGCCCACAGAAAGAGGCGAGAAGUCAACACACUCACACACACACGCGCAUCCCCAUCCCCCCCUCUGCACAGAUACGAGACUGUCAGGAAAAGAUAUUUAAAAAAUGGAGAGAUGCCUGCUUGAAUUUUCAGUGCCUAAGUAUCUAUUAAGUAUUACUUUUUUCAAUGAAAUGGCUAUGAAAUGCAAUGGGAAACCAGCAGUAGACAUGGACCCUCAUAACUUUGUUGUCUUAGCGUUUUAAUAUGACUUUUUUGUGUUGUGUUUCUACUGCUGUAUGUAUGUUAUUGAACACUGGACAUUUUUAAAUAUUGUAUAAGCUAACGCUUAUAAUGACUGUUGUAAUGACGAACUGUUUAAGAAAUUCUGAUGGUUUCAUCAUAUGCCUGCGAGAAUUAGAGUGCCUUUCAGUGUAGAAACACAUUGUCACAAACAGCAGUGUAUGUACAGGUGCUAUACAGCAUGUAAAAUAAACAGAAGGGUUUGCAGACACAUCAA